AUGCCCUUCCCCCGCCGCGGACGCAAUGCCAUCAUGGCCCUCUCCAUCGUCUUCGCCCUGUGGCAGCUCUGGUCUGCGGCGUCGCCGAAGCAGCCCUCGCCACCCGCAUCUUCGCCGUCGGCGAGCGAUGACUGGGCCCGGCUCGAGCACUGGAUGAACCAUGCGUCGCCCCCGCCGCGCGUGCGCAGCGUCGCCAGCAGCUUCGACUGGAGCAGCGUCAAGCUCCGCUACCUGCCGGGCUCGUCGUCGCCCGCGCCCAUGCCCCGGCGCCGCCCCGGCCGCGCCCCGAGCAUACAGCACCGCUUCGAGGCCGAGUCGCCGCGCGACGUCAAGAUCCGCGUCGCCAGGCUGGCCCAGGUCCGGAAGCUCUUCCAGGACAACUGGGAGAGCUACCGCCGCUUUGCGUGGAUGAAGGAUGCCCUGCUGCCCAUCUCGGCCGGCUCGCGCGACCAGUUCUCGGGCUGGGCUGCCACCCUCGUCGAUUGUUUGGACACGCUGUGGAUCAUGGGCUUGCGGGACGAGUUCAACGAGGCUGUCGCCGCCGUCGCCACCAUCGAUUUCGGCAAGUCGUCCACGUCCCGCGUCAACGUCUUCGAGACCAACAUCCGAUACCUCGGUGGCUUGCUGGCCGCCUACGACCUGAGCGGCAACGACAUCCUCCUAGCCAAGGCCAAGGAGCUCGGCAACAUGCUCUACGGCGCCUUCAACACACAAAACGGCAUGCCCGUUGACUUUCUCGACUUUGCCGCUGCCAAAAGUGGCGAUGGGCUCACCCCCGAGUCCACCGUUGUGUCGGCCUCGCCGGGGACCCUCUCGCUUGAAAUGACGCGCCUCUCGCAAGUCACGGGCGAUCCCAAGUACCACAGCGUCGUGUCCAACCUCAUGGAUGUCUUCUACCAAGGCCAGAACAAGACGGCCUUGCCCGGCGUCUGGCCCUUUUGGGUCUCGAUGAGCCGCCAGGACGUGAGCAGUGGAAGCACCUUUACCCUUGGCGGCUCCGAGGACUCCCUCUACGAGUAUUUGCCCAAGAUGCACCAGCUGCUGGGGGGCGGCGACCCCAAGUACGAGGUCAUGUUCAAGACGUUUGCCGACACGGCCGACAAGCACUUUCUAUUCCGGCCCAUGCUCCCCAACGGAGAGGACAUUCUGCUGCCGGGUAACAUCAACAUUGUCGGCGGCGAGCCGGUGCUGGAUCCCGAGACGGAGCAUCUCGCUUGCUUCGUCGGCGGCAUGUGGGGCCUGGCCGGCCGCCUGUUUGAACAGCCGGCCGACGUGGACCGGGGCGCCAAGCUGACCAACGGCUGCGUCUUUGCCUACCGCUCGUUCCCCACGGGCAUGAUGCCCGAGCGGCUCGACCUGGCGCCCUGCAAGUCCCGCUCGCACUGCCCCUGGGACGAGGAGCUGUGGCUCGAGGAGCGCCACAAGCGGCCCGAGUGGAAAAGCCACCUGCCCAAGGGCUUCACGACGGCCAAGGACCCGCGGUACCUGCUGCGGCCCGAGGCCAUCGAGAGCGUCUUUUACAUGCACCGCAUCACCGGCCGGGCCGAGUUUCGCGAGGCCGCGUGGGACAUGUUUGAGGCUGUCAGCAAGGGCACGCGGACCGAGUACGCCAACGCCGCUGUCCUGGACGUUACCAAGGACGACUAUCCGCUGCCCAUGGAGGACUACAUGGAGAGCUUCUGGCUUGCGGAGACGCUCAAGUACUUUUACCUCAUCUUUUCAUUGCCCGACAUUAUCAGCCUGGACGAUUUCGUGCUAAACACCGAGGCGCAUCCCUUUAAGAUACCGAAAUAG